AUGAGGGAGGCGAGAGACUGCCCAAACAAAGAGAGUGCUAGAGAAAAGGAGAGAGAUUAUUGGGUUUUCGGAGAGUCUGAGGGAAGUGGGAGAGAAAAAAGGAAAUUUGAAGAGGCUAACUGCCUCAGGGGCUCAAUGCAAAAGGCUUUGAAUGGAAGAGAGAGGAGAGAGUACAGGGUUUGGAGAGGCCGUAGAAGCAGAGAACAGGAUGAAAAGGAGGAGAGAAAAUUGUAAAACAUUACUUUUUUUGGAGACUCCAGGGAGAAAAAGGCUGACAAAAGAGCUGGUUGUGUAAAAUAGACCAUCAACCUAUUAGAGUAAAGAAAACAAAACAAGAUUAGCCUACUUUUUAGAGACCCCAGGCCUUAGGUAAUGACCUAUGGAAAUCUUUAGCAAAAGCUUUGACUACAAAUAAUUUCAAAGAAAUCUCGAGGAGAAAGGACGCAAACACUAGAGAUCACUCGAUUCUCAGAGACUCGAGACCCAAACAAAAGGAUUAUAGGGAUUUUAGAGACGUAAAAAAUGAUUUUCGACGUAGACACUCAAUUUUGAACUACUGGAAAACAGUUAAAAUUGGAGGAAAAGUUUUGAAAUGCAGACAGAGUCAACAAGUUAGGGAGAACAAGAGCCUCAGAGACCAGAAAGAUGACUGGAUUCAGAUGAAAAGACUGCUAAAACAAGGUAAAACGAAAGGGGAAAAGAUCAAGAGCGAGGAAAAUAAAAGAAAUUAGAUAUUGCGGAUUCUGAAGAGACCCUCGACACGGCUCACCGACCACACACAAAUGGAGAAUCCCCCGCGGGCGCUUCGCUCUUUUUCUUCCUCAAUUUUCGCACCCAUGUUGGUCAUGACGAUGGAGGAGACCAUGGUCAGCAAGCCAACGGAGAACAUCACGUUUGCGAAUAGUAAAGAAGGCCACCGAAAGGGAGUGAUGUGGACAAACAGCACGUGAAAUCCAAUGCCGAAGACGGAAGAAACGAGAGGUAUUUUACAUCAGAGAAUGGGGAAUAUUCGUAAGAAUAAAGUGAUUUUGCGAGGCAGCACAAAGUGUAUUAUAGUAUUCAAAGAAUUGCAGUUCCUACAACACUUUUCAGACUACCAAUUUUUUGGUGAAAAAUUUCAAAAAAGCUCGAAUUUUUUGCAUCUCAUUGUCACAAAAAAUUCUUACUAGCUUUGGCCAAUUGUAAGCAAAAAAAUCUGAAAAAAUACCCUCAGAAAUGUCAAUCUAAAUUUGUCCCAAGUUUCGUGGAAAUUUAAGCGUCACACUCCUGGAAUUUCUUUCUAUUAUAUUUAUUAUCAGGUUGAGAUUUUUGGCAUUACUUCAACAAACUUUACAAUUUUUUCACAGUCUAGCAAGUUUCCUAUAAGUACUCUGACAACGAAAAAAAGCUUUACAGCCAGAAAAUAAUUGAUUCCCCAAAGUGCUUAUCAACAAAUUAAAAGUUCAAAAAAUCUAUAUACAAGGAAAAUUGUGUGAUAAAUGGAAAACAUGAGGAUUUAUUGAGUGAAGCGCUUAAUAAAUGGACUAAUCCGUUUGGUUACUUCCCCUUGCAUCACAAGGGUUCAUAAAAAAGAGAAAGCCCAGCUGAAUCACUGUUGUUCUUCCUUCUUUUUCUCAAGGAUUUUAUAGACGCAAUAACAACAGCCUAAGGGAGAAAGAAAAGAGUGAGCAAAGUACGGAUCUUAUUCUCAUACUUACUAAAAUUUUAAGGCAAUUGACUUAAAUAUAAGCAAUAAUUAAGGCAAUCUUAAACUUAAGCUCACGGCGACAUGGUUUUAAAAAAAAAUAUACGUCAUCAAAUGCAAUAUUGUGUCAUAAAAAAAUUUUGGUAUCAUCAACAACAAAAAAGGCGAAAUUGGUGGCCUCGAAAAAACCAAGUUUUAUAUAGAAGAUAAGCAUAUUUUUUGACAAAAAAAUCGCUUUUUUCUUAUCAAUGUUAGCCGAGAUUGUGGACAAGGAUAAGGGAAAUCUGGUAGUCGGCCUUAGCCACUUCACGGUAGAAAAUAAGGAAUAUUACAUAAUAAAACGACAACAGAUGCAAGUCCAACAUGUAACAUGAAGGGUCACAACUAUAUAUCAUCCAACGAUAUCGUUCAAAUUUGCCACUUUUACUUAUUCAAGACCUGAUUAAAGCCUAGCCCAUCUCCCGGUCUCCGCAGUCAAUAUUAUUGACUCUACUUGCAGCCAAAAAUAUUUUCGGCACAUGUUUUGUGUGAACCAAGCUACUGCGUAAUAUCCCCCUUACAUUGAACAUUUCAACUCGACCCAGUUCUACCUCCUCUCCCCUUUCCCCAUACUCUUUUUUCCCUCCAACUUUUUGGAGGUCGUUUCUCUAACCCCCUCCUACCUUUUCACACUCUCUUCAUAAGUUUGUUUUCUCACAAGCAAAAUAAAAGGCCAGAAUAUUCAAAUUGGCAGGUAUUACUUCAGAGAGGAUUGAGAGGCGAUUUUUUUGGGAAAAAUAACGCAAAACUAUGCGGAUUCGCAAUUAGAUUUACAUACGGAAAUGUCAGACGGGCCUCUGGAAGAGGGCGCCACGAAAAAUGUCGCCAUUUUCCUCGGCCUGGAUUAAGCAGAGGCGUCUCUCUCUCGGCUUUCUGGUUGUCAAGCGGCCCCACGACUCGAGAGGGGCCAAGUUUUUUUGUCGGCUGGCGAUUUUUCGGAACGCUCUGACCUCUUCUCUCUAAUUGGGCCGAGAAAAUAAAGAAAACAUAGAUGAUUUGCAUUUCAUCUUCUUAUGAAGUAACAAAAGAACCUCCAAAAAACGAAGAGAUUGCCAGCCCAAUAGCUGGAGGGAAGAUUGGACAACUAGCGGUAAUGACGAAGUCCAAUGCGAUUUUCAUUACAUUACACAUCAAAAUAUUGGACACAAGUUGAAAAUUUAAUAAAUAAAUAGAGAACCUGCUUCAUUUAUGACACUUAAUAGUGUCAGAGUUGCACUAGAAUUACCUUACAUCAUCAUUUUUUCCAAAACAAUCCGCAAAAGUCAUCAAUAAUUAAAAAAUGUAUGUUGGACUGUAUAUUUCAAUUUUCAUGAGAAAUUUUAAUCACAAACGAAAAAAUCCGCUUUCAAGUUGCACAAAACUAUAAGAAAAUACCCAAUUUACAUUACUGUGUCGAAUUUUAUAAAUUCAAUCAAUAUUUUUCGUAUAAAAGUGCGCACGUGGGCGUUCCCUCGGGCGCAGCUCGGGUUCUCGAUCUAUCGAUCGUUCUCGUUCGGCACGUUCUCACGAGAAUUGUAUCUCGUUUUACCGCGGUAAACUGACUGUAUUUUAGUUGUUUCUUGUUGCUUUAGAAGGUCACCGAUCCGGUACAGCUUUUACGGCACUUGAAGGACAACUUUCUCGACUUUCGUCGGCAAGUACAAUAUUGGAGCAUCGCCUGAUUUCAGUCGUUCUCAGAUGUUGUUGAAAUAUAUUUUGGAUAUAUAAACAUUGAGAACACGAUCAGUGCGGAUUAACCAAUCGAUUUGUUGCGUUAUAUGGGCUUUUAAGUUUAGUAGUUUUUCUUUGUCAUGGAUAAUAUUGGCGGACCUGGUGCUUCAGGGUUAUACCUCAAAUUUUGAUCUGUGUGCCUUCUUUGGGGUCAAUUUUACCUUUUAAGUGCGUUUUCAUUAUUAAAAAUUGGUUUUUUAUUGAGCCAUUUUGUUACCUAGUAUAAUGUCGACAGAACUCGGAAUUUCGAUCAAUUCAUUUCGUUUUGACGACCUUUCCAUGUACUAAGAGAGAGGCUGUGACUGUGAAGAGUCAAUUAUUCAUGCCAUCUACCAUGACUAAUAUUGACAGAAUAUUGAUUUUCCGUCCGGUGUCUCUGUGUUGAUUGCUUUUUUAACAGAACAGACAACCCGUGAUGUCUGCAGUGUGUUCGAAACGGGUCUGACUUUAUAUUACAGCAUAAUUUUUAGCGAAAUUUCCUGGAAUCAAAACUUUACUGAAUUGGACCGCUAUGUCGGCGGUGGCGCGUCACCGACAUUAUCCCAAGUCUCCGUAAACAGCAAUGCUCGUGGCUUCUCGGCCACCGUACGGAAUUGGUUCGGCCGCGGAAAUGGGGAGAGCGCGCCCUCCACCUCCGCCGCCACUUCGCCCAACCCGACCAUGCUGGAAACGGCUCCCAUUGAUGAAUUCGAACGGCACAGCGACUUAUGGUAUGUUUAUUGUUCUCUUUUUAUGUUGUUUUGCUUUUAGUGUUGGCCAGACACGGAAAAUCCAACGGUCGGACAUUCGAUUGGUCAUCUUCAAUGAGAAUGAUCAGAGAUUACUGUAUGAUUCGGAAACUGUGAUAUCGAUUGAGGACAAACAACUGGAUGAUGCUCGGAAAGGCAGUUGUGGACGGUUUUAUGUAAGGAUUUUCCGGAUUCACGUUGUUGGAGACAUUUUAUACGAUUUUAUAAGAAGGGUUUUGUUACGUAAAAUUUUCAGUUCCUCCGGCAUCGUUCAGAUAUUCCACAAAUUGGUCGAAUGGUCUUUGGCACUCUGCCAACGUCUUCGAAGACUGGAUCUCUCAAGUUUCACGCUUUACCGUAAGAUUCAUGGCUAACGAAGAUAUUUUUUUUAUGUUUCAGUCAAACAAACUCGGUGAUGCUGAGCCGAGUCUUCUUCGUGCCAAAGGCGUCCAAAUUCAGUGGGGCUUACGAGUAAGUAUUUUGACUUCAAUGUCUCAAUUUUUAAUUUUUAGUGAGCUCAAUCUUAUGAACAACAUGUUCGGAUCUGAAUCAGAUUGUCAAAGUCAACUUUACGCAACAGUCCGCUCAUUGGACACACUCCGCGACGAUCUUCGAAGGAAAAAUUCGUCCGCCGACCCUCCAAGACGUUUUCAUCGGAUACGAAACUCGUCGCUUCAGAUGGACACCGAUGAUACGAUCCACGAGGAAGUCCGAGCAUUCUCACCGAGUCAGUUGAGCAAAAAUCGUCGCAAACAACUGUCGUUGAGAGGCUUGGCGGAUGAAGGUAAGGGCUAGAUUUUUUUUUUUCAAAUUUUAGAUGCUUGGGAAAGCUGAUCCUUUGAUUGCAGGUCCAGCCGUCCGUUGGGGCAGUCGAUCCCGCAUGAGUUCCUGUUCUUCAGUCAAUGACAGUAACGACGACCAGAAACAAAUUGGAUUUGCUCUUAUCUUCGACGCCAAGGAGCGGGAUUUCUUGUUCCAACAUAUUCUGCAGAUCGAACGAGAGAUUUUAAAGUUGGAAACCGGGAUUUACAAGGCUUCAUUAUCCCGAAGUCAAUUCUUUUACUGCGUCUAUCAGGCCUACAAACAAUUUGCAAACUCAAUUUGUUUGUUGUACAAUUCGCUGAGGUUGCGACAGCCAGUUUGGCUGUCCUUGUUGGACCCGCAACAGCAGAAUGAUACGGCUCAAAAGUUCUGUUCUUCCUUGGCGAAGUUGAUUGAACAACUGGAUCGGAAAGAGACUCAUUUGUAAGUGGCUUCUAUAUUAUUGUGGAUGUUAAACGGAGUUUCUAAUAAUCCAGAAUCUACGCCUUUUCGGUGUAGAAAAUGUGUUGAGAUUUAUUUUGAUUUUUCCAGCUUUUUAUCCACCCUCCUUUCGGCCGUCCUCAUGAAUCAUUUGGCCUGGGUAGCGAGUGUUGCCCCGCCCGAUACGAUCCCACAAAAUGAAAGAUCAUUGCUUCUGGGAACUGUAAGUUGCUACAAGUGAUUUUAUAAAUGUGAGAAGAAGUAAUACGCUUAAUUUUUAGAGUGUUAUCGACGCUUCCGGCCAUCCAUACAACGUCCGAUUGGCCCAAUUAAUGGAUCUGUUUGGAAUCGUGGGAGGAGGCGACAAAUUGGCCAAAACUGUGAUCAUUGGGAAGAACCCUCACUUAAUCAGCGAGAUCCUCUUUGUCAUGUCGUAUUUCAUCCGCUGCUCGAAUGUGGAAUGUAGGAGAGGAGGUAAGGCACAAUUUUUUUGGUCAUGUUCUCUGAUAUGAUGUGCCGAAAAUAUAACAAAUCGAACAGUGCGGUAUAACAUAUAAUCUGUUUGGAUUUCAGAACUUUUAUCCCCAACCAGACCCUCGAAUCCGGUAAAUAUUGUUGGAAGUUCUUCGUUGAACGCUCAAUCGGACCUUAUGGAUGAUUUCAUGACCGAUCUCAGCUCCUCAAGCACUUCCCAACAUAUCGAUCCUGCUCCCUCAAUGCCAAUACAUCCAUCGGCAAGAACCAAACGAUCCUCGUCUUCCGUGUCGUCUCAGUUUUCUCCUUCACUUCCAGAUGGAUCCUCCAAAUUUCCCAUCGAUCUGGACGAGCCCCCACCCAAAACUCGGGCCAUAAAUCCGCCAAGUCGAAUAGAAUUGAUCUUUGAUGAGGAAGAUGUCCAGGUGUCCGGGCAAGAAUUGAUCAGUUCGUUGAUUCAGAACUCGCUUCCUCGUCAAGCCAGCGGAACUCAAAGUGGCGAACAGUCGCCGGCCUCGAGUUCGCAUUCGUCCCAGUCAGUGAGUUCAUGUGCUCAUGCAAAUGGAGAUCUGGGAAGAUCGUUGCUGGCUGGGGUUUGCGCUUCGUAUUCGCCACAUUUUGUGCUGUCAGGUAAACAUCUUUUUUAGAGAGUUGUGAAGAAAAAACUUUCUUUUAAUUUUUAUUUCUAUUUUUCAGGUGUGGAUCUCCGGGAAUCAGAAAUUGAAGACACUUUUAACGCCAUCUACGACGACGUCAAACACCCGACCGGAGAGCCUUGCGAUGCGUUGGCUUCGCUCUCUUCGUCCACCAGUUCAGCCCUCACAGGCUCCGUCUACUCCACUGUCCAUGGCCUUCCACCCCGACCUUCUCGGCAUCGUCGUCAAAACUCAAACGUCGCCGAUUCCCCCCGCUCUAGUCAGAAGUCAACGACCAUCGAGGGCCCGACUUCAGCGAUGGUCGUGGUCGGCGAUCUGACGGAUUAUACGGUUCGAAUCGUUUCGGCAGAGAAUUGUCGAGUUGAAGAUCAGCAAGUCACAAGCCCCUCGGAUGCGGUGGUCGCAAUGUUGGAACAGUUUCUGUUGCUCUACAAAAUCGAUGUCAAGCCAAACUUUUUGAUCAGCUUCUUGGAGGACAAACUAAGCGGUUUGCUGAGCAAAAGUCAGACUUUGGUCAAGUUGAUUACCUCCGAAGAGAAGUCGGAGUGUCUUUACACCGAAAGCAGAGCCAAUACCAGCCAGUCUACGGUGAUGGAAGUCGAAUCGCCGGGCCCAGUUAGCCCUCCGAAGCCUGAAGAGCCCCAGUUCCGCGCACCAAACCCACCAGCUGCAAUUGCAAUGUCCAAGCUACGGAAUUUGUCGGUGGUUUCAGUUAAGUCUCCAGGAAAAGAACACCGCAGCUGGCUGUCGUCGAAUACAACCGAUGAGGAUACGGAUGACAAUAUUUCGGCUUCAUCACCGAUGAUUUUGUCGAUGGAAAGGGUCUGCGAAGUUGUGGGAUGCGAUUGCAGCGACCUUAGGCUGAUUGUAAACGUUGCGGCGAUUUAUCAACCGAAUGUUUUGAAUACUAUGGUGUUGUGA